AUGGUAAAAAUAGUAACAGUGUCUCAGUCCCACGGGGAGCCCCAGCUCUACAGGCUGUAUGCUGUGCUGGUUCACUCUGAAUUGAGUUGUCAUGCUGGACACUAUUUCUGCUAUAUUAAGGCCAGCAAUGAGCAGUGGUUUCAGAUGAAUGACUCGUCCGUGUCAGUCAGUGACAUUAGCACUGUUCUGAACCAGCAGGCCUAUGUCCUCUUCUACAUCAAGUGCACAGAUGUGGGAAAAACUGAGGACUACAGCCGCUUGAACCAUAACGCUGGCAUAUCUGGUCAGGCAUCUCCCCAGCCGGUGGUGAGUCCACGCACCAUCGCCACCAUGCAUCACAACAUUGUUGGCUUCAUAGGUCCCCAGCUGCCACCACACAUGAACAAGGUACUUCCUCACCUGAGGGUACUGAUAAUGUCGUUGUUUUUGUUAAACCCAGUGUUUCAUGCACAAUACAUUUGUACCUUUCAAUUGUGUCUGUUUGAAAAGAAUGAAAUGAUAUCAUAUAUUGGAUUGCAAACCACUUCUGCUAUGGAAGCCAGGAAGAUGCUCAUGAAUUCCUGCGGUGCACAGUGGAUGCUAUGCAAAGGUCCUGCUUACCUGGAACUGAGGAACGGCUGUACUCUAGCUCUGGAAGAGAUAGAGAAAGACACUACAGGGAUAGGAGUCACGAACGAGAAAGCGACAACGAUCGUCACCGGUACAGACGGGACUACAAAGACGGUCACCACCGCCAGUACAGGGAUCGUUUCCCCCUUUCUGGACGUUACUACAGGGAAUGGGAGGCUGAUCGUCACCGGGAGCGAACCUUCCAGCACCCUCGGGAGCGUGAUUGUGACAGAAGUUCUGAUGGAGAUUCAGACAGAGCUGCGGAAAUGA